UAGUAGAAGAAGACGUUUUGCAGAGUCUACUUCCGGGAUUUGUUACGCACAAACAGCGCAGCCCUGUUUGUGCGUCUCUCUCGGUUUUAUCAUGUCUGUUUAGCUGCAUCGUAAUGACGCCACAGAGGGCGCACUCGCUGUGCUGGCUCUGAUAUCCAAGUUAGGCUAAGAUAACAAGCUAACAUUGGCAGGACUUAGUACUUGUUUGUUUACAUUUUUUCCAAGAUGUAUACUUUAUUAUCUGGUUUGUAUAAAUACAUGUUCCAAAAGGACGAAUACUGCGUUUUGAUUCUUGGACUGGACAACGCCGGAAAAACUACCUUUCUGGAACAAACCAAAACAAAGUUCAGUAAGAACUACAAAGGAAUGAAUUUAUCAAAGAUCACAACCACAGUUGGUCUUAAUAUUGGUACAAUUGACAUGGGCAAGGCUCGUCUCAUGUUCUGGGAUCUGGGAGGUCAGGAUGAGCUUCAGUCUCUGUGGGACAAGUACUAUGCUGAGUCACAUGGAAUCAUCUAUGUGAUAGACUCAACUGAUGAAGAGCGCCUGACCGAAUCAAAGGAGGCCUUUGAGAAAAUGAUCAACAGUGAGGUAUUAGAGGGUGUUCCUCUCCUUGUGCUGGCUAACAAGCAGGAUGUUCCGAACUGUUUGUCUGUACCGGACAUUAAAACAGCCUUCAGUGACUGUGCCCCAAAAAUUGGAAAGAGAGACUGUUUAGUCCAGCCUUGUACUGCCCUCACAGGGGACGGAGUAAACGAAGGCAUAGAAUGGAUGGUGAAAUGUGUGGUCAGGAACAUUCACAAACCUCCAAGACAGAAGGACAUAACAUAAGAAGUCAUCAGAACUCUCUACCCUCAUUUGGAAGUGAGGGUUUCUCCUUGAGGACAUUCCAUUAAAACCCUUGAGCUGAUGAAAACUCCACUCUUCUUUAGUCGGCUGUGACUUUUUGAUGUCCUUAGGAGUUCAUUAAAAACUUGUGGCAGUAUUUUUAUCGUGAAAAAUAAUUGAAGACAUGCUUUGGAAAGCUGUCUCUUUUCAACUUGUUCUCCUUAUUGAUAAUGUGGUUCACUGUUCUCCCUUUAUCAAAUUAACUUAGCCUAUUUGUAAAAAAAAAUGGUAAGUUGAUUAAAGUAAAAUAUUACAGCUAUCGUGCCUGUUUUAGACAUUUUUGUUUACAUACUUAUGGGAACAGCAAUUUACACUUAAAGGCUCUAGUUGUGUGGUGUUCUUAAACGUUGAAGUUGACAGAGCCAGGAUUGCAACAUCUUCAAGCGUGCUUUUCAGUCAUCAUUCAUACUAAAGCCGUUUUCAGAAAUGGCCUUGAGUGUUAUGUUCUGGCAGUCUUGAAAGUUGUGUAUUCAAUCCGCUGCAGAUAUGAGUCGGUGUUCGAACCUGACCUCUGUAUCACUUAUUGAUCUACACUUUUUAAAAUUAACUUUUGUUAAUCUGAUAUUUUGCCAAGACUCUACAGAUGGUUUGGUAAAUGGCCAUGAUAUUCGUAACAACUACACCCAAAAAGAGUACUGAACACACAGGAAGCUGUUGACCUCUGUAUACCAGCAUGUGUUCUGUGGUUAAAAGGUGAUCACACAUGACUAUAGUAAAUGUAUUAUUUCAAAUAAACCAAAUAAACCAAAA